AUGUUCAAGGGUUACGCUGCGGUGGAAGGCACGCUAAAAUCCCGGUGCUUGCUGGGCGAUGCCGAAUCCGACUCGACAUUGCUGAACGAGGUCUACGUCAGCAUCGCAAGCUCCACGGAGUCACUCGCUAAGGCACUGAAUGUCGAAGUUGGCAUUGGCAUAGAGUUGUCUGGCAUUGGGGUCAGCGACAAAACAACCUUUUUCAAGUCGCUGAACACGACCACCACGUCCGUGAGCGCGACCGUUCGCUCCUACGUGCUUUGUGAUGAUAGCGCCUGUGUCCGUUCUAGGACGAGGGUCAAGUAA